GUCGGGGGAGGUAAUUUUUAUUGAUUAUUAAAGUUACUUAGCUCCCCUUCGACGCCAUGUUUAUUUUUCACUAAAGCGGGUAUGCUUAGCUGAAUGCUGUUGGCCGAAGAAGUACAGCAAAGAAAAAUACCAGAGGAUAAUUGGAUUGCUCACCAUGACCCGCCAUGCACGUAACUGUACUGCUGGUACAGUCUACACAUACCAUGAAAGAAAGAAAGACACUAGUGCAUCAGGAUAUGGGACACAAAGUCAGCGUGUAGGCAAAGAUUCUGUCAAGGAUUUUGACUGCUGCUGUUUGACACUGCAGCCAUGCAAGAAUCCUGUUUUAACGCCUCAAGGCUACUUGUAUGACAAAGAGGCCAUAUUGGAAUAUAUUCUUCACCAAAAAUGUGAAAUAGCUCGCAGACUAAAGGCAUAUUCAAAAACAGAAAUUAAAAUCUCAGGUAAGAAUUUCUUACAGUCAGAGAUGGAAGAGUUAGCAAAAGCGGAGCAGGAAUUGAAAACAGGACAGUUUCUUGAACAGGAGGGACACCCUAUAACCAGCAAAUAUAAUGCUGACAAAGCUGCUUCAGCACAGGCUCGUGAAGGGUCAUUAUCUAACAUGGAAGGGGGACAGAACCACAGACUUCCCAGUUUUUGGAUUCCCAGCCUGACUCCAAAAGCUGCUGCUUCUACUCAGAAACCUGAUGAGAAAGUGCGUUGUCCUAUGAGUGGAGAUGUUUUGCGGCUAAAGGAUCUGAUAAGUGUCAGAUUUACUCCUAUCAACGAUCGUGAUUCCAAGACCUCCCUCAUCACUAAGUCGGCUCGUUAUGUUUGCCCAGUGACCAAUGAUGUUUUAGGAAAUUCAGUUCCUUGUGCUGUCCUGAAGACCUCAGGCAAUGUUGUCACAAUGGAGUGUGUGGAGAAGAUUAUCAAGAAAGACAUGGUGGAUCCUACUUGUGGCAAGCCACUGACAGACAAGGACAUUAUUCCUCUGAAAAGAGGAGCUACUGGAUUCUCGGGUACCAGCUCAAACCUAAUUGCAUCCAAAGCUGGGCCCUCCUUGCAGGCCUAAUGUGUUUACUAUGGGUGGUUCUUCACUGCAAGGCAGAAAUCAAGAAGAAAAAAAAAACAUUUUACCUGUUAAUGGAUUUGUUGUUACUUUGCCUACAAAUACAAAUAAAGUUAAAAAUCAUU